AUGCAGAGAUCAUUUAUAAGAUUCAGUCAACCUUUGAUCAGAAGAUCAACAGUGGCAACACCAAGCUUAACAACAUCAGCUUCAUCAGCAUCUUUUUUGAAAUUCAACACAAACAGUAGUAAAACCUCAACACCAUUAGCAUCAUUCUCAUCAUCCUCACCGAAAUCACUAACAACCAUCCCAUCAACCAAUAAUAAUAUGAAAAUAAAUUUAAGAUUUUUAAGUGAAGCUGGACUUUCUUUGUAUUCUUGCAUGUCUGAUGAUGAUGGUGGCAUUUCAUUAACAUAUGAUAUUUUUGAUUAA